AUGGAGCCGAAUCAGAAGGAGAUUACUCUACGAAAAUUGCACAAUCCUCUCAUGGACCAUGUCUCCGAUCCCAUGAACAGCGCAAAUCUCCCCUCAAAUCGCCCGCAUCGUUCAACGAAGCAGCCGAAACACAACCCGACCACCAUAAGUGACGAGUCGGAGGAAGAAGCCAAACACAACAAGCGGCUCAAGGGGGUUAACGAUGUAGACGCAGAAUACAAGCCCACGAAUUCCGGGAAGACUCAACCAACCCAAAGAGAGUAUUACGAGGAAGCUCUCACCAGUGUCAAAGGGAAAGAACAGGAAAACUCAGGAUUUGGUCCUGCUGAUGCUGAAGCUGCGGAUUGGACGCAGCCCUGGCUGCCCAAAGAUCUGAAGGACGCACAUAGACGUAUUGUGAAGCUGACACAGGAAAGAAACACUAUAAAGUCAGUAAAGCAAACAAUCAAGAAGCGAAACACUGAAUUGAGAGAAGAGGCCGAGAAACAAAAAUUCAAAUUCCAGGAAUUGAGUGACCAACUUCAAGCAGCUAACGAGAAGAACCGAGACCUGGAAAGAACUUUUCGAGAGAUUCAGGACGAACAACUGCGUCUUAUUGGUAAAGACAAGAUCCCCUGUGAGCCGGAUAGUGAGGUUAGCGCCGACCUAGCAAAGAUCUUUCGCAGCUCCAAAUCUUGGGCAUCGCGAUGGUCAAUCGCAGAUUGGACCGAUCUGAGCGAUUCCGAAAUAGGUGGGAUUAUUUCAUGUGUGCGUAAGGUAGCAGAUGAGCCGCUCGCAACGGAACGAUUUACGAAGCUUAUGGAAAGCAAACAAGUACCCCCCCGAAUGAUCACAAAUGCACUGAUCAACCGAUUUAUCUGCCAUUUUACUCUUCAAAGUCCAUUCAAGCAUCUCCUCUGGAAUGAGCAUGACCAAAAUGACUCGACGGUGGAGACCGCAUCCAAAGGAGCCGCAAAUAAGUUAAGGGUCAACAUACUCCGUGCUAUCGACCGACCCCGUUCCACCGCCGAACCGCAGUAUCCCUCAACCGAGAGUGAUAAAGCCAUCCAUAGAAGGGCUGCUAUGCAUUGUGGGAAAGUGACUUUGUGGAUUUUGAGCCAGAGCAACCUACUCCUCCGUCCCGUUGAACAAGAUCAACAACGGACACACAGAUAUAUAGAGUUGUUGACCAUCGUCACAGAUGCAUUGAGUCUUUCCAGAUCACUUUCUCACCAGUAUCCCUUUAUCGGUGUUUUCUUCCUGGACGACGAAGAAAUGAAGAACCAGCUAUUCAAAAUCAAUCAUCCAGUAUUUCAGGCCCAUCGAGGGAUGAAAUUGAGAGAAGACGAGGAGGACGAUGAUGGACAUGACCCAAGAGAUCUCGGGAUCCUUGACUGGCCCCUAGAUUUUGUGGUCGAGCCUUGCAUCAAAAGGGCUGGAGACGACGAGGGGGAAAACUAUGAGGAUUCUAAGAUCUUGCACAAGGCUAUUGUGUGGAUGGUGUCAGAUGCCGAGCUAAAUCAAAGUACCAGAAUUCAGAGAAAGAAAGCUCCACUUCUAAAGGAUUGGGCCCAUAAGCGGACUUCCACAGGCCAAAACGACGUUUCAAACAUACCAACAACCCCGCCACUCAAUCCCAUCCGCGAUCACGGGAAUGCGGAAAAUCAACGUAAGGGAGAGUCCAAAAAGUCUCGAGUUGGUUAUGACCAGGCUUUCCCCAAAAUCGCGAAAAAUAACACCCUCGGAGAUCCUCUCAUCUGCACACGCGAGACAAUAAGGCAAACUGUGGUCGCCGAAAAUUUCGGCUCAUCAAGUCUUCUCCAAGGCCCACGGAAAAAAACGGUCAAGUCUUCUCAACCCGAAAGCAGAACCCCAGAGACCAAGUCCGGAGAGUUCCAGCAUGAUGAUUCGACCAAUAUGGGUCAGGCAGCAGAUGACAAUCAAGGCCGGGGCCGUACUCCAUCAGCCGAUAACCUAAGCAAGAAGCGUAAGCGAUCAAAUGCCGAGGGAUCAGAUGGGAGCUCUGGUCGAGCUCGCAACCGCGAAGAUAUCCCCCCAAGACAGAUUAAACGAGAAUAUUGA